AUGCCUCUAGCUCACCUUGUAGAUCCCUUCAAACAGGUCAAUCUCAUCGUAAAUGAAGAGACUGAAACUAAUGGAUGUUCUGCUGAGGAUCCAAUAGACAUGGAUUUAACUCUUGAAGAAACUGAACCUAGUAAUCAUCAUACAAUGGAAAUAGAGGGAUCCUUUGGGAAAGUAUUUCUAGUCAAGAAAGUGAAUGGAAAAGAUGCAGGAGUUCUGUAUGCGAUGAAAGUUUUGAAAAAAGCAACAUUGAAAGUUCGUGACCGAGUUCGAACCAAGUUGGAGCGAAAUAUUCUAGUCGAUGUCAACCAUCCCUUCAUUGUUAGAAUACAGUAUGCUUUCCAGACUGAAGGGAAACUGUACCUGAUUCUAGAUUUCCAGAAGGGAGGAGAUCUAUUCACUAGGCUGGCCAAGGAAGUAAUGUUUACUGAAGAGGAUGUAAAGUUCUAUUUAGCUGAACUAGCUCUAGCUCUCAACCAUCUUCAUACACUGGGCAUCAUCUAUAGGGACCUGAAACCUGAAAACAUUCUACUGGACUGUGAAGGACACAUAGCAGUCACAGAUUUCGGUUUAUGUAAAGAAGGAUUUGAAGAGAAAGCGUACAGUUUCUGUGGUACUGUAGAGUACAUGGCACCAGAGGUGGUUAACAGGCAUGGUCAUGAAUAUGCUGCUGACUGGUGGAGCUAUGGUGUACUAAUGUAUGAGAUGUUGACAGGGAAGCUACCCUUCAUGGGUGAGGAUAGAAAGGAUACGAUGAGUCAGAUCUUGAAAGCAAGAUUGUCAAUGCCAAACUUUCUCUCCGCAGAGGCUCAAAGUCUGCUUCGUGUUCUCUUUAAAAGAAACCCUGCAAACCGGUUAUGUUCUGGUCCUGCCGGCAUAGAAGAUCUUAAGAAGCAUCCCUUCUUUGCUUCCAUAGAUUGGAACAAACUUUUAAAUAAAGAGGUUCAGCCUCCUUUCCAACCAACCGUGGUCCAGGAUGAUGCGUUCUAUUUUGAUACAGAGUAUACUUGCAGAACUCCUAAAGACUCCCCUGCAGUGCCCGCGAGUGCUGCUACCCAUGAGCUGUUCCGAGGGUUUAGUUAUGUUGCUCCUCUUCUCAUAGAUAAUGUUAAAAUUGGGACACCGCCAACUAUUCAGGCGAAUGCCCCGACCCUGAUGCCAAAACCACCAAAUUCGUCCGAUAGAAGGAUAUCCCCGCAGGUGUUAAAGAAUGUUAAGACCGGGAAUAUACGCGAUGAAUAUGAUGUACUUGAAGAGAUAGGGAAGGGUGCGUACAGUACAUGUAAACGCUGCGUACACCGGGCAUCCAGGGUCGAGUACGCAGUCAAGAUUAUUGAUAAGAGUAAACGGGAUUGCGAGGAAGAGGUCUCAAUACUACUCAGAUAUGGACAGCAUCCUAAUAUUAUAUCACUUAGGGAUAUGUUUGAUGAAGGAGACAAGAAGUGUUUGGUGUUUGAACUGAUGCGAGGAGGAGAGCUUCUAGAUAAAAUUGUUAGACAAAAAUUUUUCAGUGAAAGAGAAGCUAGAGCUGUAAUGGAGAAGGUGACGUCAGUUGUUAAAUAUCUUCAUCAGAACGGGGUGGUACACAGAGACCUGAAACCAUCAAAUAUCCUAUACGCUGAUGAUUCUGGGAACCCGGAAACAAUUCGUAUUUGUGAUUUUGGGUUCGCUAAACAGCUUCGGGCUGAUAACGGGAUGCUGAUGACACCCUGCUACACGGCUAAUUAUGUUGCCCCUGAGGUUCUAAAGAAGCAAGGAUACGAUGCUGCUUGUGACGUGUGGAGUUUAGGUGUUCUUCUCUACACAAUGCUUGCUGGACAAACUCCGUUUGCUGCCGGACCCCAGGAUACCUCAGAGGAGAUACUGACAAGGAUAGGGAAGGGACAGUAUGAGAUAAAUUCAGGAAACUGGCAGAGUGUUUCUGAAGAUGCCAAGUCCCUGGUUCGACAGAUGUUAGAGCUUGACCCAGCACGCCGUAUCACAACAGCCCAGAUUCUCUCUCAUCCAUGGUUGACAUCUAGAAAUCAACCAACUACUCAUUUAGUCUACCAGGAUUCACAUCUUCUCAAGGGAGCAAUGACAGCAACCUUUCAAGCGUUGAGAAACCAAAGUCCUCUGGUGCCAAAAGUAGGAAACGUAGGAAUGUCCGAGUUAGCUCGGCGUAGAAAGAGAUCAAAACCAAAGAACGAAGAUGGAUCAACUUCCACUCCAGUUUAAACCUUGGUGAAUAACCUCCAAUCCAGUUUAAACCUUGGCUAACAACCUCAAUGCAGUUUUAACCUUGGUUAACAACCUCCAAUCUAGUUUAAGCCUUGGUUAAUAACCUCCAAUCCAGUUUAAACCUUGGUUAACAACCUACAAUCCAGUUUAAACCUUGGUUAACAACCUACAAUCCAGUUUUAACUGUGGUUAACAACCUCCACUCCAGUUUUAACCUUGGUUUACAGCCUCUACUCUAGUUUAAACUUUAGUGACCUUGGUUAUGCCAUCCGAGGCGCUAAAUUUUACCCAUUUGUGUAAUUUCUUGAUUACUAGUAGGGAGGCGUUUUAAUUAAAACUUUUGGGACAAGUUUCAAGAUAAAAAUAAUAAGGAAAAGAGCUAUGUAGUUCAAAGAAAACAUAAUAUUUUGUUGUAUUUAGAGGAUGUCUAUAAUGUUUUAAACUGUUUGAAGGGCUAUUUUUGAAAAACUUUCAAAAAUUUUGAAUUAUGUUGUACUAAAUGUUAAAUACUCUAAAAACUGCUAUGAGCUAAAAAAAAUACUUUUGUCAGAAAUAUUCGCCAAAAUGUUGAAAAUGAUUUUAACAAAUGAAUUGUAUAAACCGAUGUCGGUUAUGAAUUUUCUCGAAUUUUUACAGAUUAUUUGCGAAUUUUUAAGAAAAAUUUUCCCGAAUUUUACAGAUACAUGUACCCGCAUUUUUAAAGCUAUUUUUUCGCAGAUUUUUGCCAAACCAUUUUUUCCUUUUUUAACCAUAGAAAAUUGAAUGCAUUUUCUUCUCAGUAUUAUUGUACCGUGUAGCUUGUGUAUGUACUCUACAUUGUUGUACUCUCUAACCCCCCGGUGUCAAGUAAUGUGAACUUUAAUAAAUAUUUCUUAAUGUUUUUGUUACAUGAAACCUCAAUAGAAUUUUGAUAUUCCGCCCCGCCUCUUAACAAUCCAUCAAUAGUAGUCUUAAUAUGUAGUAAAUAUAUUAGCCAAUGUUAAUUUUGAUAGCACCCAGCACAUACUAAUUCUUUUUCAGAACUUGUUUUUACACCCGUCCCAUGUUAUUAUUUGAAAUUAUUACUUUUUAACUUGCAGCCAUUUUGAUUUUCCAGGAUGUGGAUUUCAGAUAUCUUACUUAGUCUGUACUCAUUGUUGAAUUUGUGAGGGUUUCCCCUUUAUCUGAAAUCAAACUUAAGGCUGAACAUAUAACAUUCUAAUUAUUACCAAGACUGCCAACCAACAAAUGACAGCAUUGUUAGCUGCUAAAAUGUUUUUUUUAUGUCAUAUCUAAAGUCAAAUCUUACCAAAAAAUAAUACUCCUAAUUUAGCUUUAUUGAACUUUGUGCCAAAACCUAUCGUUAACUUGCAUCAAACUGGGCAGCUCAUUUAUUCCUUGAUUGUGAUUUAGUUUUACAUUUGAUAUUUAUUUAUUUAAUAAUUAAUUUUUUUUUAUUUAUUUAGUCUGGUGAAAUGUAAUACUUGUGCUGGGUAAUUUGUGAUAUUGUGCAUCUCUAGAUGUUGUAAUUCAGGAUAUUUCAUAAAUAUACGACUCAUAUGUUUUAUUUAA